CAAUUAGCGCGCAUGACUCACUAAAGCCCUAUUUAAGAUUUAAGAUGUAAACCACUUCUUCCAGACCCAACAUUUAUUAGAUUCAACCAUCAUUCACCAUGACCACUCAUCUUAAUUUUGUCACCCUCGACGUCUUCACCACCACGCCGUUCAAGGGCAACCCCCUCGGCGUCGUCCACCUCCCCCCGGGGGUCCCAAUCUCUCAAAACCAGAAACAAACCAUUGCCCGAGAGUUUAACCUCUCGGAAACCGUGUUCAUACACGAUGUCGACCCAAGCAACGACUCCGAUCCGCACACCCGCCGCAUCGACAUCUUCACGACGAACAAGGAACUUCCCUUUGCCGGCCAUCCCACCAUCGGCACAGCCAGCUACCUCCAGGAGCAGGGAAUAAACAAGCUCAUCACCAAGGCGGGCCCGAUUCCCAUUCGCUCCAGUAUGGAAGAAGGACACAUUAGCGCUGCAAUCCCGCACGAUACCCACGUCAACUCAAGGGUCCUUGCCGACAUUGAAACGACUCUCCAUGCGGAUCGCCUACAUCCCACGCCCGAAAUCCGCUCCGCAGAGCUCACAGCGCCGCUCUUUAGCAUUGUCAAGGGCAUGACAUUUGCGCUUAUCCCACUCCCAGGCCUGGACCUCUUGUCGCAAGUCUACCCGGGCGCAUUCCCCUGUACGCCGCACGACGUUAUCGACGCCGAGUGGAGCGAGACGUUCAUCGGGCGGUACUACUAUGUUCGCAUUGGGUCGAGCGUCUCGAGUUCCGGAGUGCGGGCGGUUCAGUUGAGGACGAGGAUGGUGGAGGACCAGAUAGAGGAUCCGGCUACAGGGUCGGCGGCGUGUGCUUUAACGAGUUAUCUUGCGCUUAGGGAGUAUCACGAGACAAGGAUCCGAUUUGAACUGACGCAGGGCGUUGAGAUGGGGCGCCAAAGUGAUAUUGUCGUCGAUGUUAGGGUCAAUGUUGGAGAGGAUGGGGAGCGGAGAGUGAAGGAGGUACUGCUGGGGGGGAAGACGAGACAAAUCAUGAAGGGCGCUAUGGUUGUACCUCCAGUUUAAGUAAGUCUUAGUUUCCAUGUCAAUGAGUGCGUUCCAGGCUAUUCAAACACCCGCUAUCAUUUCCUCAUCCACAAGACAAUAGUCUGGAUUUGGGCGGUUUAGUAAUUCCCAUCAUUGACCAUUGUUCAUUCGUGCCAAUGCAUUCGUGUUCAAGGUUGAGUAGUCAAAAUUCAUAGUCCCCAUCCGAGUGACGUAGGAGCGGGACGGUAAUUACGGCCAAAUAGGAUUCAGCCUAACAUCGGCGGUGCGCGCUCUUGGAGGCCAUCCAAGCAGACCGCUUAGACUCCUCCCAGAGCCUUAUUGAGCAAGGGGCACAGCAUCAAUCCCGAAUUGCCAAGCUCUCCCGGCACUUCUAGCCUAUCAACUAGUGUAUCAUUGCCGAUUGAACGCGGUUGAAUGAUA